AUGGUUCUGUCAGCACAAGCACAAGCCCAGGCACAAGCUUUCCAAGCAGCCGUCAAUGCUGGACAGGGCGCUGCCAACAACCGGAACAUGUGGAACAUGCAAGGCUUCCCACCUCCCAUGCUCGGAGGUCUUCCACCAAACUUCUUUCCUCAUUUCCAGGCUGCUGCUGCUCAGGCUCAGCAAGAGGCUACCACCGCCAUGGUCGGGACUGCCAAAUUGGGAACCUCCAGCAAGGUUCCUUCCUCCAACAGUAAGUUUGUGGUGCGAUCGUCUGUGCGCAAGUUUGAUUCUAGCGGGGCCAUUGUCAGUGUGGGCAUGUGGGCCCGCAAGGUCGUCGAAGACAACCUAGAAUGGUUGGUCAAGCUAGCCAGAAGACACUCUCCCAAUGAAAAUGCUGUCAUUUUGGCCUAUGGGGAUGGUUGCGAAACCUUGGUUCUCAUGGACGGUCAAAUCAACACUUUGCCCAAGGACUUUAGCAAGAUCAAGAAGGUUGGCGUUGGUGUAUCUGUUGCCUUGGCUGACUCCAAGGUGGAUGAAGGCAACUUGGCCAACACUGGAGUCUUGCAAGCACAAGAUUCCAUCUGGGAACACUUGAACUUUCAGACUGCCGAUGCCGCCAAGACCAAGAAGGAAAAGGCCAUGUUCAUCCACACCAGCAACACUAUUUGGUGCACCGCCAUUGAUGGCCGCCGCAAAGUAGUCCAAGUCAAGACCAAGGGAUCCAGUGAUCCACACAUGGCUGUUUGUUACGCUCCCAAUCCGGCCUUGGAACAAAAGAUUCUGUCCAGCUGGGCCGUUGCCAGUGGGGGUAGCGCACCUGCUGCAAUCACCAUGCUUCCCGCUCCUACUAACAAUAUCAGUACCAGUACCACUACUACUACUGUCCCAACGACGGUCGUUGCUCCUGCCACCACUACAAGUGCUCCUGUUGCCACUGCUGACACGUUGAUUAGUUUCAACCCCAAGCAGCUCAUGUUAUUGGAAAAGGCCUUCGACAAUGGACUGACUCCUCGUGAUCUCAAGACGGACGUCAAGAAGACCAAUGCGGAAGACAAGAAGAAGUGUCAACUAGUCAUUCGACGUGCCCGCGAUGAAAUUGUUACUACCACCAAGAAGAGACGCAAAAAGAAUGCCACUGCUACUCCUGCUACUGCCAAAAAGGCAGAAGAAAAGGAAGAACCCAAGAUUCCUUCACCCAAGAAAAAGACCCCUGCCAAGAAGGUAGAAGUUGCCGCAGCAGCAGCAGAUGCAGCCGAAGACAGUGAUGACGAGCCCAUUUCGGCCAUUAAAAAGAAACCAGCCGCCAAGCGUGCUAGCAACGCCAAGAGUCCUGGGGCCAAGCCCAAACCCAAAGCUGGACCCAAAAAGGAGACUGCACCCCGAAAAAGAGGGCGACCCAGCACUGGCAGCUCCACCAAGAAGGAAAGCACCACCAAGAGGACAAGAAGCAAAUCCCGGACCAAGAAGUGA